AUGACUCACGGUCACUCUGAGCCCGAGCUCCCUUACCACGGCCCCAAGUUUGGCGGCCUUGCAAAGCGAGUUCAUGGAUGGUCAUGGCAGGCGUUCCCGAUUGGUAUGGGUACUGGUGCUGUCUACGUCCUCCUGUCGGCCCUCGACCCCCACCCCGAAUGGGUUACAACGGUUGAAGUGGUAUUCUUCUUCCUUGCCCUUUUCCUGUUCGCGUUGAACAUCUCUACCUUGGCCCUUCAAGGAAUCUUGUAUCGGGAGCAAUCCAAGCGAUUGCUAUUUGACCCUGUCAAGGGCGUCUUUGUCCCUCUCUGCGUCCUUUCGUUUGCGACCCUUAUCAUCGGUACCAUUCAAUAUGCGGUUCCCGUUGGCAUCAUACACCCCGGCUUCAUCUAUGAGCUCUUCUGGGUUUAUGUGUUCUUUGCCGUCGGUGUUUGCUUCCCUAUGCUUAUGAUUUGGUUCAACAAGCCCCAUGACAUCAAGACUUUCACCCCGGCUUGGGCUUUCUUGAUCUUCCCAAUGAUGCUUGUCGGUGUCGUGGCAUUCAACGUACUCAAGGUCAUCCCGGUCACGGAUCCUCGCUGCAUCGGUGUUCUUCUUGUGGGCUACGUCUUCCAAGGUCUCGGCUUCUUCAUGACCUUCUUCUACCUGGCCAUCUACAUUCUCCGUAUCAUGACCACUGGAUUCAUGGAUGGUCAUCAAGCCAACGGUGCCUUUGUCGCCUGCGGUCCCCCAGGAUUCACGGCCCUCGCUCUUAUCAACCUCGGCAAGCAGGCCCGUAUCAUCUUACCCGCUUACAACUUGGUCUCUCCUCAAGCUGGAGAAAUCUUCUUCGCUGCCAGCGUCAUGGGCGCUUUGCUCUUGUUCGGCCUUGCUGUCUUUUUCUUCUUCUUCGGUAUCCUUCCUUACUGGUUCAAGCUCCACAAGCACCUCAGUGAGAUUCUCGGAUGCUGGGCUCUCACUUUCCCCAACGUUGGCUGGAUCAAUACACUCCGUGCGUUGGGCGACAUCUUUGGCAUCAAGGGCUUCUCCGUUUGGCAUGCAAUCAUGACCUUCCUGGUCUGCAUGGUCUGGCUAAUCCUUUUCGGGUUGACCGUCUUGGCCUUCGUCCGUGGCAAGAUUUUCUUGGCCAAGGACGCCGACGUCUGGAGGGAUACCAUGAGUGGAGAUGAUGCUGCUCGCAACGCUGCGUCCCAGGUAGCUCCUGGUCUUGUGAGCGAACAAAGCAGUGUUGUCAACCUCCCUUACACCGCCCCGCGGUUCCACCUCGCGGUGACUACGUUGAUAUCGAGAAACAGCAAGGGGGAGCGCCCUUGGGUUGUCGAUAACAACCGUUUCUAG